AUGGGGGCGCCGCUCGGGGUGACGAUCAGCACAGACACCCCACCUGGCACCAAGUUGAUUCAUGGCCAGCUCUUAGAGGCCAGCCUUCUGAGGCUGAUUCUGGAGGAGGUGAAACUGACAGAGAACAUCGGGCUUCCUGUGAAUCCGCUUGAGAAACAUGACCUGUGGCCCGCCUAUGUCACGUACACAUCCCCGCUGGUGAAAAGACUGAUUGAGAAAAGCAAAGCCAGAGACGUGGAACGCUUGCAAACGGCCGAGGAGAGCCGGCCCACGUGCAGGCAGAGCAAGCCUCCUGGCGUCAUCCAGCUGAGAAGGAGAAAGUCCCCCAAGUCCUCGGGCAGCAUGACGUUCAAGGACGUGAGGUCAGAGACCACGCUCUCGGGGUGGGGCCCUUUCUCCAUGUCGGCCACGGGUCCCCCCGUGGUUCCAGAGCGCGCCCACUUCCACGCGGAUGCUAGGGCAAGUCCCACAACCGACUACAACAAGAUCAUCUUCUCCCGGAAGCCGAGGGUGAGCAUGCUUCCGUACCGCUCACUGCUGGCCGGCGAGGAGAAACACCCCGACGUUUAA